ACUCAAUUCAGACUUUUGUUUGUUUGUUUCAGAGGUGUCCCUGAAACAUGGCAGUCAAAUGGAUUGGUGGGCAUUCGUCCUCUGUAUUGUGCUUGAAUGUCAGCACAGAAGGGCUGGUGGCUUCAGGUGCAGAGAAAGGCGAGCUCACACUCUGGGACGCGGGAGGCACUCCAGCAGGACAGCUCCAGCUCCCCAAGGCAGACGACGUGACCUCUGUGGUGUUCUCUCCACAAUGUCCCAGCAGGCUGUAUGCCUCCCACGGGGAAACUAUCAGUUUGCUGGAUGUCCGAUCCCUCAAGGAGCCCGUUGAACACUUCCACGUGAACGAGGAGGAGAUCAACUGCCUCGCAGUGAAUGAGGCUGACAGUUUCUUGGCUGCAGCAGAUGACUCAGGGGCAAUAAAGAUUAUGGACCUGGAGAAGAAGAAAGUCAGCCGGUCCUUGAGACACUCAAACAUCUGCUCCUCUGUUGUCUUUCGACCUCAGAGGCCUCAAAGCCUUGUGUCCUGUGGACUAGAUAUGCAGGUUAUGCUGUGGAACCUGCAGAAAGCUCGCCCCUUGUGGACCACAAACCUGCAGGACUGUGAAACAGAUGGUCCCCAGUCAGCUGGCCAGUUCUUUAACCCACCCCUUGCACAUUCCCUGUCUGUCGCGUCGUGCGGCAAUGUCUUCGGCUGCGGAGCUCAGGAUGGUAAAGUCAGGAUAUUCAGAGUCACUGGUUCCAAGUUUGAACAAGAGCUGGAGUUUCAAGGUCACAGCCUGGGAGUAUCUCAGGUCCUCUUUAUGCCAGAAGCCUACUGGUUGUUGACUGGAGGAAAUGAUGGGAAAGUCUUGCUCUGGGAUGUCAGCAGUGAUGUUGGAAAGCCGCAGAAGAGUCCAGCCAAAUCUCUGCAGAGAAGGAAGGCCCAGACACCUGCUUCCACCAGGAAAAAUGGAAAGCUCACCAAAGUGGCUUCAGAUGAACAAGCUAGAAUUUUACCAAAGCUAACCAUUGAGCAUGGAGAAAAGGUGAACUGGAUCUUGUGCACAGAGAUCAAAGGCUCCAAGAGAGUAUUAGUUGCUGAUCAGAGUAGUUCUAUAUCUCUGUAUCUGUUGGCAGAACCUUAGGUACUGAGAUGUUCAAACAAAAUUGUGGGAGGAAACCACUCCUCCAAGUGUUUGAAAUGAGUCCAGUGAACUGCCCAGUGAAACCUGAUGCAUCCUGCACAAGGGAUUUGCUGUUUCCUCACAUGAGUACUCAGGAUGUAACUGGCCUCAUAGGUUUUUCAGGGGCUGUUGGUACUCACUGCAGCUGUUUCUUGCAGGGUUGGCAGUUUGCUUCUGGAAUUUAAGUGUAUGGUUAGGGGUAAUGUUAGCUCAUGACUAAGCUGGUACAAUUAAAGCUGGAAGAAAAAAAUCAGGCUAAUGGGGACACCUACAAUGCUAAAUGAGGGUGCUGAGCAGUAACAGAGAUAUGUUUUGAUCUGCAGUGCUUUACCUCACAAGUUAAUUUGGCUGUAGAGGAAAUUUGUCAGCAGCUGCAUACAAGACUAGAGCAGCAUCAGCUAAUGAGUAAUCAAAUUAGUUUAGCUCUCCUUGCUGAUUGGAUUUUUUCCACACAAGGAGCAGGACUAAAUGUUAACAUCAGUUUAAUGGGUCAGCUGUCUUUUUCAUUUAGUUGUUUAUCCCAGGGAAAAAAUAACUAUUACACUUGUCCUAAUAAAUGUUUUCUCUCGCACUGCUCCCUUGUGUUUAUGCUUGCUCUAAGCCCA